AUGCCACUGGUUGCCGUGAGUGAACCGCCCAGGGUAGCGGCAGCAGACGAGCCGGACGCGUACGAAUCAACACCGAAAUCGCUGGAAGAAAUUCCGUCACGAUUGGUUUUGCAUGUGGACCCUGUUCACUUGUGUAUGCGACCUGUGCCCCCCGUUCUGCAAGAGAGGGACAUUGAUACGCUGGCGUCUGUGGGCACCUUGUGGCUUACAGAACAGCGUUUCACUUUUCUGCCAAGGCAAGGCAAAGGAUUUCAGGUUGACUACCCGUCAAUUGCUUUGCAUGCCGUAUCGCGAUCUGUACCUGAGUAUGCCACUCAUGAUGAUUUUGGCACAGAGAUGUGUCUCUAUUGCCAAUUGGAUGACCACCCAGAGCGUGAUGAGGAAGAAGAGGAUGAGGUCGUGAGAGAAAUGUGGAUUCUCACGCAUGAUGCUGCUUCUCUGAAUACGCUGUAUGAGUCUCUAUCGCAUUGUGCGUCGCUGUAUCCGUCUUUACCUGGCGGCGCCGAUGCACAUCCAUUGGCGGGACUAGCAGCGAUGAGCGGCGAAGCGUCAAAUGAGGAAGAGAAGAACGAUGAAGGAAGGGCUCAGACAUGUCCAUCCAGCAACACACUCAUGUUUGUCAAUUUCCCUCCGGCCUUUUUCACAUCGGAAGCGACUGUAUCCCUGUUUGUUGAUGUGCUAAGAGCGUAUGGUCCUCUCGUUGCUUGGUCACCGAUGCCUGCCUUCCGACAGGCUCGGGCUGUGAUGGAGCGGCCGUCUGACACACUACGGAUAAAACAGGCUCUUGACUACCAGGAGCUUGCUCACGAUGAUGAGCAGAGUUUUGUGCUCCGCGUGUACUACGAUCAUGAUACUCCGCUUACGUUGCUCCCGACCGGUGAGUACGCUGUGACGCAGGCUGUGGAUAUUCCCAGGCCAUUCCUGGAACCGCCAGCGCCAGAAAAAGAGUUUCUUUUGAGUCCGCCUGGCAGUCCGCCGGUAGGAUGGGAGCAGCAAAAGGAAGAUCGGCCUAAUACCCAAGCUCUGUCGGACGAUCUGAUCAAGGCUCUCCAUAAGUUGUCUAUGGAGCAGGAGACGCCAAAGGCAGAGAACGCAGGCACUUCUACACUUUUUCAAGGUUCGCAUCAUGCUGUGCCGGGCGUUGUUCUUCAUGCUACUGAGUCUGCGACUUCGUCAUCAUCGCGGCCAUCCGGCAUCGAGCGCGUUAAGGCGACCAAAGAUAGCAUGCGUCCGACGUCUCGACCCCCCAUAUAG